AUGUCUAAAAGAAGUAUUCCUAUAAACCAAACUGAAGAUGGUUCAAACCUAAAACAGCAAGUCUCAGAAGAUGAAAAAGCUACUCUUUUAUUUAAUCCAAAACUAUGGACUCAAGAUUUUAAAAAUCAAAUGAAGGAUACAAUCCUAAAUAACAAACCUUUCCAAUGGGGCUGUAUUGACGAUUUAGUAGACGACCAAUUACUAAGAGAUGUAAGAAAUGAAAUUGAAACACAGAUCCAAUUCACUGAAAAGGAAACCGAUAUUUAUAAAGUUAAUCAAUCGGGUGAUUUGGCAAAUCUAUCUAAAUUAGAUUCAGAAACUUUACAAAAAUUACCUAAUCUAUUUAAAUUACAACAAAUUCUAUAUUCGAAAAAAUUUAGAGAUUUUAUGUCCUACAUCACCCAGUCUGGUCCAUUGUCUCAUUCUAAAGUUGAUCUAAGUGUUAAUAUCUACAAAAAGGGGUGUCAUCUACUAGUACACGACGACGUUAUCGGAUCUAGACGUAUCUCCUUCAUCAUCUAUUUACCUGAUCCAAGUAGAAAAUGGAAAGAUCAUUAUGGUGGUGGGUUAAGAUUGUUCCCAACUGUCGAUUAUAAUAUUCCACACUCUGACCAUAUAGCCAAAUUGGUACCACAAUUUAACCAAUUUGCAUUCUUCAAGAUUCAACCCGGUUAUUCAUGGCAUGAUGUAGAAGAAGUUAAAGUGGAUAAAUACAGAUUAUCUAUCCAAGGUUGGUAUCAUAUUCCUCAAGAAAAUGACUCAGAUGGAUUUAUACCAGGUGAAGAAGCUAACUGGAUUAAACAAAAUGAAUCUUUGGCUUACACAGAUUUGACUCCAUUCACUUUCCCCAAACCAGAAUGUCCGUUAAUUGAUUCUAAUGUUCUCGCUGAUGCCAUCGGCACUUAUAACAACAACAAUAACACUAAAACUUUCCUAACUUCUAAUGAUAUCGAGUUCUUGUCAAACUAUUUAUCUCCACAUUAUCUUAACCCUGAUACUAUUGAAAAAUUAAAAGAUAAUUUCUUUAAUAGUUCAUUUAUCUCAUUAGACAAUUUCUUAAACAAGGAGAAAUCUGAUCUUUUACAGAAAAUGAUCAAAUUUAAUGAACUGAAUAAACAGACUCCAAUCUCUAUGGAACAAGUCUCUCCACCAUGGGAGUUGGCAAGACCACCACAUAAAUGGCAGUUCUUAUAUCUAGAAGAUAUGGAUAAGGACCAAACAAACGGUGCUACCGCUAUUACUGAAGACGAUGAAAUGACCACUGAGUUAGAUAAAUUAAGACAUUUCUUUAAAUCUGACACAUUCAAAAAAUAUAUCUUGGAGAUUACUAACCUAGUAGUUGUCACAGAACAAGUUUUAGUAAGAAGAUUUAGACCUGGUUUUGAUUACACCUUAGCUGAAACUUUAGAUAUUAAUAAAAUAGUCGACGACUUACUAGAUUGUGUAUUAGAGGGGACUUUAUCGUUAACACCAUUCGAUGGUUGGGAUGAUGGAAAUAACGGCGGCUAUCAAUUAUAUAUGCUCAAUGAAGCUGACUUAAGAGAGGAUCAGGUUUCAGGCAAUGAUGCCAUUUUGAUUAAUAAACCAGCGUCAUGGAAUUCAUUUCUUCUAGUCAUGAGAGAUGUUGAUGUCCUUGAAUUUAUUAAAUUUGUUGGAUUCAAUUCUAAAGGCUCCAGAUGGGACAUUAAAAUGUCUUGGAAUGUUAAAGAUCUAGAAGGUGAAGAAGAUGAAGAAGAGACGAAUGAACAAAAGUAA